GUGUCACCUUAUAGAAAACUAGCUAGCUAAUUUUGACGCGGCUACAGAGGAUCUGGCCUUCACCUGGCAUAGCGGGCAUGUCACCAUCCACUCAAACUUGGAAAUAAAUAGAUGCUUUCACUGAUUCGAUUAUUUCGGCACUCGGUCAUCAAAGUGAGUGAAACAGGACAUAGAGAAGAGAGGACAGAAGUUUCUUUAAUCAAUGGAGGUGACUACGAAAAUACUGUUAUCAGUGGUUUUGAUUUUUCUAAGUAUUUUGUGUCUCCAUAUCUACAUCAAUUUAUGGUUGAAGCCUGAGAAAAUUAGAAAGAAGCUGAGAAACCAAGGAAUCAAGGGCCCAACACCAUCUUUUCUAUCGGGUAAUGUUACGGAGAUGAUGAGAAUCAAAUCAGCGGCAACUUCCGAGAUGAAACUUGUCACAGAUGAUUAUAUGCCUUGUUUGUUUCCACAUCUUGAGCAGUGGAGAAAGGAGUACGGUCCAACAUUUAUGUAUGAAACUGGAACUUUGCAACAUUUGUACGUCGGAGACCCAAAUUUGGUAAAGGAUAUAAGCCUCUGCGACACAUUGGCUUUAGGUAAGCCAACGUAUCGAAACAAAGAACUUGCGCCUCUUUUCGGUCUCGGAGUGGUAAAGACUAACGGGCAUAUUUGGGCUCACCAAAGAAAAAUCAUGGCACCAGAGUUCUUCAUCGACAAAGUUAAGGGCAUGGUGGGGUUGAUGGUGAAAUCUGCAAUGCCAGUGAUGAGAUCAUGGGAGGAUGAAAUUGUAAAGCAUGGAGGGAUUGCAGAGAUAAGAGUUGAUGAAGGUCUGAGAAACUUAUCAGCAGAUGUAAUCUCAAGAGCUUGCUUUGGGAGUUCUUACUCCCAGGGAACAGUAAUAUUUUCAAAGCUUGAAGAACUUAUAAAAGCACUGUACAACACAAGUUCACUGGUUCAAAUUCCUGCCCACAGAUUUCUUCCAACCAAAAGAAAUAGACAAGUGUGGAGACUAGAAAAAGAAAUCCGAAAAUUAAUCCUAGAUGUAAUAAAGAAAGGAAAACAACAAGCUAAAGGAGAUAUAAGACUGCUGCAAAUGAUUCUAGAGAGUGAUGAUGAGCAUCUUGGACAAGAAACAGCUAAAAAUUUCAUUGUUGACAACUGCAAGAGCAUUUAUGUGGCGGGUCACGAAACUGUGGCAUCUGCUGCUACUUGGACAUUGAUGUUUCUUUCUUCACAUCCAGAAUGGCAAACUCGUGCUCGAGAUGAGGUAUUAGAAAACAUUCCCGAGGGAUCUCUUCCGCACGCAGAUAUGUUGCAUAAGAUGAAGAUAUUGACAAUGGUGAUUCAAGAAACAUUACGUCUGCUUCCUCCAACAACUCUAGUUUCUAGGGAGGCCUUUGAAGACCUGAAAUUUGGAGACAUCAUCACUAUACCAAAAGGAACCAAUUUUUGGAUUCCAAUAUCUACAGUACACCGGAUUCCGGAAAUUUGGGGACCAGAUGCUGAUAAAUUUAAUCCAGAGCGAUUUGCGCACGGUGUCUUUGGUGCUUGUAAGAUCCCACAAGCAUACAUUCCGUUUGGCACCGGAUCUCGCACAUGUUUGGGUCAAAAAUUUGCCAUGGUAGAGCUGAAAAUUGUUUUAUCACUCAUGCUCUCGAAAUUCAGCUUCUCUCUGUCUCCUAGUUAUAGACAUUCUCCUGCAUUUAGUAUUGUCAUUGUACCUAAACAUGGAAUGCAUCUACUAGUAGAGAAAUUAAGCACGAAAGGAUUGCGCUAAUAGCAGAAUAAAGACA